GGCGGAGAGCGCCGCCGCGUUUGUGCAGAUCCGUGCGCACAGGAGCGUGGACGGCGUCGCGCCGCCCCCGCCGCCCGCGACGUUUGACGCCUACGCGAAGAAGGGUCAGGAGACCGGGGUCGUGGUGAGCAUGCUCGACAAGAUCAUCAACGAUAUCGACAUGACUACAACCGAGGCGGAGACCGAGGAGAAGGACGCCCAGGCGGACUACGAAGUCUUGAUGGCAGAUGCGGGCGCCAAGCGCGCGGCAGACUCCAAGGCGCUCACUGAGAAGACGAUGGCCAAGGCCCACGGCGAGGAGUCCCUGCAGAACGAGGAAGCGAACAAGAAGGACUUGUCCGUUCAGCUGAUGGAGACGACGCAGGUCAUCGGCAACCUGCACGCCGAGUGCGACUGGCUGAUCAAGUACUUCGACGUGCGCAAGGCGGCGCGAACCGAGGAGAUUGAGUCCCUGGACAAGGCGAAGGCCGUGCUGAGCGGUGCGGACUACUCCCUCCUCCAGACGAAGCGCGUGGCGCUCCGCGGCGCAUGAGCCACCCUGGCCGGCUGCGUCCUCUGGUCGCUCGCCAGGGCUUGGCCGCUGGCCUCGGGGAUGUCGCGGCACAGUUUGCGCGCGCGGGCCCUGCGCGGCACACGCCGGCCUCUCGCCGGUCUUGCCGCGGUCAAGCAGACGGCAGUGCAGUUCGCAGGAACACUGCCCCUUCUGUUGCUGCCGUCCUCUGUCUGCCUG